AAUAAAAAAAACACAUAAAUUAUCUUCCCCUGCAACAACAAAAUCAACGAAGUAGUUCUUUACUCCAGUAAGCUGACAGAUACGAGAUACAGUCGGCGAAGGUUCCUUUAUCCUCUCUCUCACUAUACUUCCCUUCGUUAUCCCAUUUCCUUCCCUUCCCCUCACCCUCAAGAGACAAAGGAUUUAUAGUCUAAAAGUCUCUCCUUUCAAAAUAAAAUCUCUACUUUUCUCCAAAUGGGUCUCUUUGAUUCCCUUCUAAACUGGCUCAGGAGCUUAUUCUUUAAACAAGAAAUGGAGCUAUCCCUAGUAGGCCUUCAGAAUGCUGGAAAGACAUCUCUUGUUAAUUCCAUUGCUACAGGUGGAUACAGUGAGGACAUGAUUCCAACUGUUGGAUUCAACAUGCGAAAAGUUACAAAAGGCAAUGUGACAAUAAAGCUUUGGGAUCUUGGAGGGCAGCGGAGGUUUCGUACAAUGUGGGAGCGUUAUUGUCGUGGAGUCUCCGCGAUUCUAUAUGUAGUUGAUGCAGCAGACAGGGACAGCGUUCCCCUAUCUAGAAGUGAGUUACAUGACCUCCUAACCAAACCUUCCUUAAGCGGAAUCCCUUUGCUUGUCGUUGGCAACAAAAUUGACAAGCCAGAAGCUUUUUCCAAGCAAGCUUUGGUGGAUCAGCUAGGUCUUGAAUCAAUCACAGAUAGAGAGGUUUGCUGCCAUAUGAUCUCAUGCAAGGACUCCACAAACAUAGACAUUGUCAUUGAUUGGCUUAUCAAGCACUCAAAAACAGCAACAGGAUCUGUAGCUUGACUUUCUCCUAGUUGAUGGUUUCUUUUACAAUAAAAAACGUGAAGAACUAAGCCUAGAAGCACAGAGUAGGCAAUACAAAUUCUUCCUGGUGGAAUUUGUUUGUUGGUUUUUAGAUCCCGGUUUCAUUCCAAAUGUUUUGUUUUUUACACUGUACAGUACCAUAAUGCUUGCAGCGAGUUGUUUGUGCAUUUUCUAUUAACCUAUUUCCUCGUGUAUUUUUAUCUUAGGAAUUUGAGCCUGUCUGCUUAUUUUGCAAGUUUUAUUGUAUUUAUAAUGUUUACUACUGUGCUGAUAUUGAUAAAAGUUACGAUGAUCAAUUUCCAAAUGAAACCAAAGCAGCAUUUUUACUGGGAGGACAAA